AUGCUCACGGCCUCACUCACCACCUCAGCGCGCCUGGAAGGUCAGCCCAGUCGGGCGCUCCUCGGGCAGGUGGUCAACUUAGCAACCCAUCAUGGCCCUCUAACGUCAAGCCAUCACAACCGGGCUUCCGCCAAGUUACGAGCUGGGCAGAUGAGCCCUCGGGGUCUACUGGCUGGCCUUGCAUUGACGGGUCUUCUGCUGCUGCUGUUGGCCGAGUUGGCCGUCACCCCAGGCCGGGCAAGUCUGCGGCCGCCGUUGCCUGCCCGCUGGAGCCGGCUGGCCGGCAUGAUGAGGGGCAUGAAUCGUCAUGACGACCUCAUAGGGCCAGAGCGCAUGUCAAAGCUUAUCACCUGCUUCCUUGCCUGUCAAUCCUGCUUCGACAAAGAAGUAUGUGGCAGGGUUUUGCCCUUUUCCACAAAUGACAGUUAA